CUGACCGACGCCGCUCUCGCCUUUCCAUGGGUUCCGAAAGCUGCAGGCGUGGACUCGUCCAUACUUGAACCUCGCCAACAAAAGGGCGUGGGUCCUGGCAGCGAGGCUCAAUGUCCUUUCAACCCGAAUCACGAACCCGCUGUACCUUUCAAUCCUAAAUACCCAUACAACAAUGCGAGAAAUGGCAUCAAGGGCAACGAGAAGGGAGGUUACCGAGUGCCGGCUGAGGGCGAUCACGCCCAUCGCUACAUCGCACCGACUGCAAAGGACAUUCGCGGACCCUGUCCAGGACUAAACACGGCUGCCAACCAUGGCUUCCUCGCGAGGGAUGGUAUCACGACUUAUGCGGAGCUCGUGGACAUGCAACAGAACGUGUACAAUGUCGGCUACGACCUGGCCAACCUCCUGGCCUUCCUCGGUCUUCAGGCUGACGGCGACUUUGUCACCACGAAGCUCUCCAUCGGUUGCAGUGCUACACCUCGCACCUCGAUCAACCCACUGCUCACUGGCAACCAGCCAGGUCUCGUCGGACACAACAAGUUCGAGGGAGACUCUUCUCUCACUCGCGGCGACUACUUCCCAACUGGCGACAACUACAGCUUUAACCGCACGCUCUUCGACCAGAUGACUCGCUCCACCGGCGGCAAGUUCGACCUCAAAGGGCUCGCUAAAUAUCGCGAGGAGCGGUACUAUGAAUGCCGUGCCAACAAUCCGAACUUUUACUUUGGCGUCCUCUCUCUCCUCCUAUUCGGAGCCGCUUCAUUCUCGUACGCCGGCUUUCCCGGAGCCAGCCAUCAGCCCGACCUCUACACCAUGACCUACUUCUUCGUUCACGAGCAAAUCCCUCCAAACUGGUACAACCGCGUCGACCCCUACAACAACCAGAAAGUGACCGAUCAGAUCCUGAGGAUGUACCUCCUACAUCCAGUCGAGUUCGGCGGCAACACGGCCGACGGAUCCUUCAAUGGCGGCUUGAACUACGGCGCGAUCCAGAACGGCAAGAUCUCGCCGAACAUAACUCCUGCGGAGACCGUUUGUCUUUUAUACCAAAUGGCGAUGGGCCAGGUUCCGUCUACUUUGAAUGGCAUCAUCACGCCGGCUGUGGAUGCGCUUUCGUUUGCUGCGAAGCAUGUGGAUCCUUUGUUUGAGAAUUUGGGAUGUCCUAGGCCGUUGACA